AUGGCAACGUCAACACCAUCCAUCACGACCGCAACCCCGACAUCGACCUCCAGUGGCGCCCUCCUGACGCCCUCAACCACGACAAGUACGACAUCCGCGGGCGCAUCUUCCACCGCAGCCACGCCUCCUCGGUCUCCAUCGACAUCAACAUCCGCGCCCAUACCCUUACCCUCACAGCAGCCAGCCCCGAAUACCAUGUCAAACUCGACCUCAGCCCCUACCGCUACCACCAGCUCAACCCCAUCCACGAAACCACCAACAAACCCACCAACAAACCCACCCCCGCCGCGCUUCGACUUCCCCCGCGAAUACAACUUCCCGCCCUUCUUCACGCCCCAGCCGAACCUGACGACGCGCCACAGCCAGCUGGAGAAGUGGUCCGCGCUAAUACUGGGGUACUGCGCCUGGCACCGGCUGUUCCGGCUCACUUUGCCGUCGGUUUCGUCCAAUUACAACCACAACACCAACAACACCAACACAAGUAUCAACACCGACGACCUCUUGCACAACCGCCGCAUCAACCGCCGUCUCUCGCCCGCCCACGCGCGGGAAAUACUAGAAUUCAUGCGGAAGGAGGGGCGGGCGGAGUAUGUGAACGGGAGUGGAGGAGAUGAUGACGCAGGAGGGGAUGUGGUGUGGGUGUACUGGCGCACGCCCGAGGAGUGGGCCAGUCUGCUCGAGGCCUGGGUCGAUGGCACGGCGCAGAAGGGGAUGGUGCUCACGCUUUAUGAGCUCACCGAGGGGGAGGGGACGAGGGGGACUGAAUUCCACGGCCUCGAACCAGAACUACUCCAGAAAGCCCUGCAUGUGCUCGUCAAGCGAGGCAAGGCGCAGAUCUUCGGACAGGAAGACCACCAGGGUGUCAAAUUCUUCUGA